AUGUAUGUAAAUCCAUUGAAAGAUAAUGUUGAAGGAGAGGGAGAUUCUGAAAGUAGUUUGAUGGCUGCAUCAUUCUCUCAAGAAAAUUGUAGAAAAAUGCUUGCUAGGAUGGUUAUUUUGGAUGAAUUGCCAUUUAAGUUCGUAGAAACUAAUCAUAAAGGAGAUACCAUAGGUAGAGCCAUUGAAAAGUGCUUAGAAGGUUGGGGUAUUGAUAGGCUCUUUACUGUAACGGUUGAUAAUGCGAGUUCAAAUGAUGUAGCCAUUGCCUACUUGGUUAAAAAGUUUAAAGGCAGAAAUGGGUUGGUGUUGGAUGGUGAAUCUAUUCACAUUAGAUGUUGUGCUCAUAUUCUUAACUUAAUUGUUAGUGAUGCCUUAAAAGAUUUGCAUGUGUCUAUCAUUCGAAUCAGAAAUGCUGUGAAGUAUGUUAGAUCAUCUCCAGCUAGAUUGCAAAUAUUUAAAGAUUUUGCUAAAGAAGAUAAGAUGUCAACAAAAAAUUGUCUUACAAUGGAUGUUCCGACACGAUGGAAUUCUACUUUUACUAUGUUGGAUGGAGCAAUUAAGUGUCAAAAGACUUUUGAAAGAUUGGAGGAGCAUGACCCUAGUUAUUUGCCAAAGGAUGAUAUUCCUACUACUGAAGAUUGGGAUAAUGCAAAAGUGUUUGUAAAGUUCCUAAAGACUUUUUCAGAGCUAACAAUGAAGUUUUCUGCAUUUAUGUCUGUGACUUCAAACAUAUUUUUUCAUGAACUUUGUUUGAUCCAAGAAAUAAUUCGUGAAUACUCAUCGUAUGAAAAUGCAUUAUUGAGUCAAAUGACAUUAAGCAUGCAGACAAAAUUCAACAAGUAUUGGGGUAUAACUACAAGUGAGAAGACCAAUUUAUUAUUGUAUGUUUCUGUAGUUCUUGACCCUAGUGGAUCUUAUAAGGCACGUACUACUGUCCAUGAUAGAUUUAAACAAAGUAACAAAACAUGUCUAGAUGAUGCUAAAAUCGAGGUGACUCGUUAUCUGGAUGAGGCUCGUAUAGAUUGUAUGAGCGAUGAAUAUUUAGAUUUGCUAACUUGGUGGAAGGUGAAUUCCUCUCAAUUUAAGAUCAUUAGCCAAGUAGCUAGGGACAUCUAUAGUAUUCCUAUAUCAACUAUGCCUUUUGAGUCUGCCUUUAGCACUAGAGGACGGGUGUUAGAUUCUUUUCGAAGUUUUUUAACUCCUCAAACUGUAGAGGCACUCAUUUGUGCUCAGAAUUGGAUUCAGUCUAAACCUUUGGAUGACAUGACUGAAGAAAUUGAUGGGGCUGAAGAAAUAGAUGAAGAAUUCAUAAACAUAGGAAAGGAGAUGGAAGCUGCAUUUAAGAAUUUGAAUAAUGACUCUAUGAGUCUUGAAGCUCAGUGA